UCAAACACGUGCUGUCAAACUAACUAGAAACAAAAAUGAAAAAAAUAGAUAGCUUUGCAACGAUGACCACUUGUUUGGCCUAGUUUUGUUGCAAAAUAAGAAGAAGUACUGCUAAUUUACUCCUUUCGGAACUAUGUGUAUUGUUCAAUUGUGAAAAACUUUCCACUGCAGUGAAUGCUUGUGAGUGUGUGUUUAUGUACGCGCUAAAAUCGUGAAACCGUGUAGAGUGUACGCCGUUCAAGACUACAAAAUGAAUGAAGACAUGUUGAAAGAGAUGGUGGAAUCUCAAAUUCCACCAUCACAAGAUGUUCAAGAAUGGUUUCUUCAAUAUUUUAAGAAACAUGAAGCUCAUCAGCAACGCUCUCUGGAGGCAUUUGCCAGCUACUUCACCAGUUUUAUCCGUGCGCAAACGGAAGAUUCAUCGAGAACCGCUCGACCAAGAUGUGACACACCGAGAAAGGUAUCAACCGGUACCGCAUUCGAGACUAAUCCGGCCGCCCAGCUGCGGAAACUGUCAAUCAGCGACGGCUCUUGUUAUCCAACGUCCGGUAUCCCCCCGGGGACCGCAACGCCGACUGCUGAAGGUCGCCCCACCAAUCGGGCCAGCGAACUUGACACCACCGGAACACCGGUACAUUUGAUAGCGCGCCAGCUUUUCGACCCUCCCGGUGGUGGUCCACUGGAGACGGGUGCAAAAUCGGCAGCCGGCAGUGCUCGGACAUUCGAUAAUUUGGCUACCGAAGACAUCGAACUGAAAGAAGCGAUUGGGUGUUCCACUCCGAAACACUUGCCACCGCAACAUAAUGCGGCCAACGGUGGUCAUCCUGCUACGCCCGGCAACAACGAAAAUCAAACCCUAUCACGCUGCAGAAACGCGAACGAACCCGUCUUCUCGACGCCUCCCCGGAGCAGCAAUAAUGCUUCGCGCAGCGCCGGUGGGGGUAAUAUGCUUCUGUCCUUUAGCAGCACCCCGAUUGCCGGCAGCCGUGGAAAGACUACGUCACACCAUGGAUCAUCGCUACGCAACGGAAGUCUGGAGGUCUCGAAUCUAUCGGCCAACAGCAGCACGUUCGGCUAUGGGUCGCACCGCCAGGAGGCGAGUGGUUUAAGCGAUGGGACGGGUCGACGGAGCAAGACAAGCUUACCUUGUUUCGGUGACUUUAUCACAGCACAUACGAGCACUCGGCCCCAUAGAAACCGGCGCUCGCCAUUUGCGGGCAAUGCAAGCACGACCAGCAAUGAUCCCGGUGGCCUUAAUUCGCCCAGCGUACAGAAAGGUCCGUUGUUUCAGGAUAAUGACUUUCCGCAGCUAAGCAUGACUCCAAACAGUUCCAAAACAUCCCUCAGCGAACAGCCGGACGCUGGUGGCAGUGGGAAGAGGUCAGGAACGCAGCGGAGACGCAUCGCUCCAACCACCGUCAGCCGGUCGGUAUCGGGGCGCCAUGACUUCAACUCAUCAUCAUUUCUCGCGGAAAACAAUCUCAUAUCAAUCGAAAGCCAAGAGGACGCUAGCCACGAUCCUCGGGGAAUGUUGCGCCACCGAAAGGAGGAGAUACGCAACGAUUUCCAGGCCGAGGCGGCACAAAAUCAACGCUCCGUCCGUGCAAAGCAAUCAUUGCAGACAUCUUUUAAUCACGUAGAUAAUGCAACUCCCGCACCUGAGCUCGCUGCAAGUAUGCCAGACGAGCUUACGCAACUAGAGAGCGUUACAGAAGGUGGUACGAGUGCGCCCAGAGUGAUACUAAUCAUAGAAUUUGACAAAGUUACUCAAAAAUCAACCAUUGAUCGGCUGGUAGCCAUCUAUGCGCUGCUGAUGGAUCUCAACCUUGUGCCGAACAUGCUGAACGAGCUGGCCUAUCUGAUCAACUUGGUUAGCACCGAACGGUACAUCGCCCAGGACGCACAAAAGUUCCUCGAAGCAACCACAUCCGCCGGGACAGACAAUGGACCGGCGGCGGAACUUAGCAACGUCCUGCGCAGCCCGCACAACUGUGUCUACUUUGCGGCGGAAGUGCUCCACAGCCAGCGAACGCAGCUCGCACUGCUCGACAGCACCUCACUGCGGGUGGUGGUUGAGAACGAACAGCUGGGGGCGCUGCAUCCGACGUUGAAUGGUUUCCUGCGGGACAUGCUGGGGCAGAAGAUGAAACUUGAGAACGCUUUCAUCAGCCAGCAGGGUACGGGCGGUGGCGAUCUCGUGCCGAAUAGCAGCAUCACGAACGUGUUUUACCAGCAGGAAAAUGAUACGAAGGAUCACUUUCCUUCGUCAAAGGAAUUUAAUGCGUUCAACAAGCAGCGGGAUCUGUUCUACGCUACGCUGAGAACAUGGGAAACCGAACACCUCAACCCAGCGUGGGAGUUCGAGACGAAGCUUGGCACAAAAGUGCGAGCCAUGUUGGACAUUUUACACCAUCCAAUCAAUAUGUCCCACUUGGCUAAACUGUUUAGUGCACAGCUGAUCAUAUCGUUUAACUUUGAUAACUCCGCUAGCGAACUGCAAAUGGCGCUACCCAACAUAGACCUGACGAAGCUAUCCAAACUGCGGCAGCGACUGGUUGCGCCGAGCAUUUUCUCUACCCAAUAUCUCUUCCCCGGCAGUCAGAUGUUUUUCCGCGAUUUUAUUGUGGCUAGCGAAAACCAUCAGAUAUUCAUCGAGCAGCUAAAAGCGGUCCUCAUCCACGAGCUGCUCCAGAUGGACAGUUCAACGUACGAUGUUUUCAACAUAUCCGAUGGAGAAAAUUCGAACCGCUCGGAAUACGUGGUCCGCCCGGAAACAAUCGCCACGAUGCGUGUGCUGGCCAAAUUUAUCGGUUUCAUCGUCGCCCGCCCAUACCAGUAUGAAGGAUGCCGCAACACGCUGGUGGAAAAUCGUCAAAUCGAGCUGCGUAAUAUGUUACUACCUCCGUUUGACGUGAAACCGGCACUUAUAAGAGCAGUGACCGAUCGCAAGCUCUUGAUAACCGUCCCGUGGCUCGUUCAGUAUCUCAGCAUGUUGGACGUGGUGACACUCCGCUUGCGCUACUACGAAGAACUUUUCCGGAUGCUGCACGACAUCUACAAGGCGACGGCUAUGUGCAAAAUGGCGACGAGCUACGACUUAUUUGCCAUACCCACCUCAAAGUUUAUCGUUCGAUCCUGUUUGGACUGGUUGUACGAUCAGUCCAACGUACCAGAGGAGUACUACCACUAUUCAUCGGAUAUGUUCGGCAGCGUUGCUAAGGAACCGUCCACGCACGUUCAAGCACUGGCUGCUGUUGCUAACCAGUCGCUUACAGCAAGGGAAAGUAAACGUAGCAUCGAAAAGCCCUUAGUUUUUAACGCCAUUCUGGAGCACAUCCUUAGCGCUGCUUGUCCUUUUUUGGCCGAUUUUCGUGUGUCCGUGAUGCCUUCCAAGGUGGAGAAAACACUUUCCAGAACGGGCCGGUAUCGGCACAUCACUACACGCUACUCGGGGGCACCAACAUCACACCAGUCUGGUGCUGCGAGUGAGCUUCCGGCAGCGCUAGAAACGUCGUUGGACAUUUCCGCUGCGAGCGGCGGUCAUAAUCUUUCGAAAUUGUCACAUGGUAACGUUCAGCAACGCUUGGUCGAAGGGUUCCUGCAGUCGCAAAGCCAAUCGAUGCGGCGCACCGUGGAGCUCAUCAUAGACCGUUCCACCUCGGCUGUAAUAAAGGACUUCCAAAUGCUGUACAUUCUGCCUGAGAAAAAGAACGUGAACGAGCUUAUUGCCGGUGUGGACGCGAACACAUUGGAGGACACAAAGCGGCGCAUCCAAAGCAUUUGCGACGAAGCACUGGACCGCAUUAACAAUACCUGGGAGAGCAACGUGCCAAAAAUGCUAAACAAACGAAUCACGAAAUCGUUUGAUGCAUUGCUCCCGGCGGAAACUGUAGACCCGGUACGCAAGCUGUGUAGAAAUAUUACAUUAGAAAGGUGCCUUCACAAAUGUAAUGAAUGGCGACAGUCAUACAUUUCUAACACGGGUUUAUUUUGUAAGGAUGUUGCAAGUGAAGCACAAAGCUUAACGUACAGAAAUCAUCAUCAGCAGCAGCAGCAGCAACAGUUGAAUAAAACAGUUCCAACGAAUAACAAUCCAAUGGAAUUCAGCGUUUCGGAAAAUUGCGCUAUCAUGCCAUCCGGUUUCUACGUAAAACUUCAAAUGAUUGUACACCAUGCUGCGUCCAGCCCGGAAAAAAUUUCCGCAAACGAGCUGAAUGAAUUUCUCGAACUAACGAAUGCUUUCCUUGACCAGCCCGGGCUCACCACGACACCGAUGAUGGACCGGGUGUUGGGGUUGAUGAUUCUUCAACUCAUUUUACUUUUAAUAAAAUCACGCUGUGAUCUUAGCUUACCGGAGCUUUUCCAACGUGCGGUUAAGAUUUGGAAGCAUAACAAGCUGGCCCAAUUCUGUGUGCCACCACCAUCGGAAUCGGACGAAUUACCUGCAUCCCCUACGUCACACGAACGAUCCUUACUGUAUCCGGCACAAAUUGAGCAGUAUCGCCGCAAGCGAAUGCAACGAGAUGCUAAUUACAUCUUCUCCCAUGUGGUAAGCAAACGAUUUAUACGUAUGCUUGAGGUAAACACAGUGCCCAAACCACACUAUGACAACUAUGCCGAAUUUAUCACCAUCCUGCUGGACGCAGGUAUCGUAACGAAAGAUUUGCUAAACGAUCAAUUCGUUACAAUAUUUCACGAAGACUGGCCACAGCCCACCCUUGACCGCGUUUCAACCGUCAUCAAGCGAGUGUUGCAGAAAAGCGGACCUUCCGGACGGCACGGUCACAACAUCGACGACUCGCAAUCGGAAAUGUUUUUGGAGAUGUUAUCCGAUAUUGCAAGAGAUAUUACAGACCUUUGAUAUUCAAAAUCACGCUCAUCGCUUCAGUCACGACUAGGCUUUAUCCACCCGACAACGGUAUGUCUCAGGCUAUCUCAGCUGAUACGCAGCUGUAUGUUGGUGAUAGUUUUAUUUAACUUAGAUUUCAAUUUAGCGGAAAAGAUGACGAUAAACAAUGACGAAAUAAUACUUUUUUAUUUUAAAG